AUGGAAGCAAAAGACCACGAGGGGAGAACGGCCCUGGACAUGGCCGCAGAGUCUGGCCGUGGGGAAGUAGUCAAACUGCUGAUUGGCCACGGGGCCAAUAUAAACGCCCGAGACAAUAAUGGGAGAACUGCCCUUUCCAUAGCAGCAGAGGCUGGACAUGAGGCCGUAGUCAAAUUGCUAAUUGAUCAGAGGGCUGGCAUGGAGGCAAAAGCCAGUGGUUUUGACCAAUCGCCACCGGCAUGGGCAGCAAGAAAUAGACAUUGGACAGUGGUCAAAUUACUCUUGAUCCGGGGUCUUGAUAUAGAAGGAAAGGACGGAUAUGACAGAACAGCUCUAUCCUGGGCCGCAACGCAUGGAGCGGAGGCAAUUAUCAAGUUACUGCUCGACAAAGACGCCGAUAUUCACUCAAAAGACCGCUCAGGCUACACACCGCUGUCAAGAGCAGCAAGGUCAGGAGCAACGUCAAUUAUCACACUCCUGCUCAAGCACGGGGCAGAAAUCGACUCUGCUACGAUUGACGGAUGGACACCCCUUCAUUUCGCCUCAAAAAAUGAUAAUCCCGAGGCUGUCAAACUUCUUAAGAAAGGGGCAAAUAUCAACAUGACAACAGACAGCGGAUCUUCAGCAUUGAACAUUGCCUUGCAUAUGGGUAAUUCCGUGAUGGCCAUGCUACUCCUUGAGCAAGUGAGUCUUCUUAUCGAGAAAGGGGCGGCAAUCAACGUUAGGAGCACCCGUGGACAGACACCAGUGAAUUGGGCUUCGAUGGGAUAUCAAUCUGCCGUGGUGAGAACUCUCCUUGAGAAUGGGGCCGACUUCACAAUUGCAGACGACACCGGGACAACACCUCUUGACUCUGCAUCUGAGGUUGGUGAUCCACAAACAGUCAGAGCUCUCCUAGAUUAUGGGGCGGAGAGCAUACUUGCAAAUGAGCACGGUAUUAUACCACUUCAUAGAGCUUCAUCAGGCGGCCAUCUCGAGGUAGUGCAGCUACUCCUUGAGUCUUCAGAAGCUAGCCUUGAAAUUCGGGAUAAUUGCGGUCGCACACCUCUUUUCCAUGCUGCUGCAAGGGGUCAUAUCCAGACUGUCCGGUUGCUGCUUUCAUAUUCCGCUCUUGCCAAUGUGACUGACCGCUAUAAAACAACUCCGCUUUGCGCCGCAGCACGGAACGGUCAUGCCGAGGAGGUUAAACUGUUACUUCCGUUGACAGACAUUGAGAACCACUUUGAGGAUGGAUUAGGUCAGAAUCUAGCCUGGUGGGCGGCAAAGUCCGGGUGUGUCGAAAUCAUCAACCUUGUGCAGCAAUGGGCUCAAAAAAUGGGGUUCGAGAUCGGUGAGAAUGACUUCAGUCUUGGGUCCUCUCCAGUUCCCCCCGAUGAAUAUCCCGAAUACUGCGAUGUGUGCACUCGCUACAUUAUGUAUGGUGGCCCCUACUACCGUUGCGAAACUUGUUAUUAUGCUCUUACAUGCGGGGAACGUGCUGAAUUUGGGUUUCAAUGCCUCGAUGCCUCUCACAACUGCGAUCUCUACAAUCCUUGA